AUGUGGCGGCCGCAGCCCCGGGCGGGCGGUACCGACAGGCGGCGCCCCGGCGGGGGGGACGCGGCGGGCUCAGAUGAUCACCAGCAAUUAAUGCCUGCAGGCUCCCUUCGUAAAAAGAAACUGGCAAAAAGACCUGGAUACAUGAGGCCAGAAGCUCAGCAGCAGAUAGAGUUUCGGUCCCUUGGUGCCUGCAAACCAUUCAGACCAGGAGAGCUCCAACAUGGAAGGCAGGGCUGUGGAGACUUUGAGAACUGCGCUCUAUGCAGACAAUGCCAAAAUAACUUUGAAUUCCCGCGCUGUAGUGUGGUUAGUAGUGUUGUAGUUCCUGCUGAUGGGGUAACAACGUUGACCACUAUUGGAAAUAUGCCGGGAUGCUGCAAAAAUCUAUCGUGUUGCAAGAGUCCAGGGUCAGAAAACACAGUGACAGCAGCUUACCCUGCUGCUGCAACAAGCAAAGGAGAUGUUUCUGCUGUAUGCUGUACGGGGCAGAAAAGCCACAGUACAAAUGUGAGCAAGCCCCCAAAUAUGUAUGCUUUGGAUGGGACAGAAGUGAAUAACAACUGUGAAUAUCAAAACAGAGAUGAUAUUUCUCAUUCUGCUGUUGCACACAAUAGUUUAGAUAGUUUUAGUUCAAAUUUCAGCUUCAUACAGCUCUCCCUGAACUCAAUCUCUGGAGUAAAUGAUGUUGAACUCAAAUCAACUGUUGAAGAAGCUGAGAUUGUUCUGCAUCCCAAAACCACAGGAAGUCUGCAGAAGCCAGAGGAGAUGUCACAAACUCAUGAGAACUUGGGAGAUUUGUGUUGCUUCUCCAGGUCCAGUGAGGAUUUGGAGCAUGAACAUGAGAGCCACGAACUUGAUGAAUUACAGGACUGUGAGACUGUCUCUCUCUCAGAUAUAGAUGCAAAAUUUUCAUAUUCUACAGAUUCCUUGGAUGCAGCAUCUGCUGGCUCUUCUGUCACCUCAGGCUAUGAAAGUAGCUUUACUGUUAAUGACCGUAACUGGGAUAUUUUGAUGAAAAAAUAUGAACCAGUGCUGCAAGAUUGCUUGCUUGGCAACCGCAGUACAAUGAAGAUAAAAUCCUUGAUCUUACGGCUUCAGAGGCUUCAGGAAAAAGCAAUAGAGGAAGAUGACUAUGAUAGAGGUGAGAAUUGCUCCCCCCUAUUCUCCACUGGAUCAUGCUUCUCUUUUCUCUCUUAA